CCAGCUUUAGCUAUGAACACAUCAACCAUUCGCGGUAUUAGAAGCUGAAAAAGAAAAAGCAAGAAAAAGCGAGGGACUUGCAUUGGUAACAGGUGUUGGAGCACAGGGGAGGUGGAUACGGACACAAGUUUUAUUAUCUGUUAAACAUGUCUCUAUGAUUUUGUGGUUUUAGUCGUUUUAUGUAUGGGGUUUGGAACCGAACCAAGGCAAUAAUUGGAAUUGUCGUAAACCACUUCUUAAGCUGUAACACUGUCUACAGAAAAACAUGAGCUCUUAUUUCGUGAACCCUCUCUUUUCCAAGUACAAAGGCGGUGAAACGUUGGAACCAACUUACUACGACUGCAGGUUCCCUCAAAGCGUCAGCCGGAGCCACGCGUUGGUUUACGGCGCGGGAGCGCCGGCGCCGGGAUUUCAGCACCCGCCCCAUCACGUCCAAGAUUUCUUCCACCAUGGGACGUCGGGGAUCGCCACACCAGCCUACCAGCAGAAUGCAUGCGCCCUGGCUUGCCAUGGAGAUGCUACUAAAUGUUAUGGAUAUGAAGCACUUCCGAGACAAUCGCUUUAUGGUUCCCAACAAGAGACGAGCGUGGCACAAUACCCAGACUGUAGAUCCUCAAAUGGCACUAAUCUUGGAGAAGGACAAGGCCACCUAAAUCAAAACCCGUCUCCUAGUCUCAUGUUUCCAUGGAUGAGACCGCAUGCCCCCGGAAGACGCAGUGGCCGACAGACCUACAGUCGAUACCAAACAUUGGAGUUGGAGAAGGAAUUUCUCUUCAACCCAUACCUCACCCGUAAGCGUCGGAUUGAGGUAUCUCAUGCUUUACGGCUAACUGAGCGUCAGGUGAAGAUUUGGUUCCAAAACCGUCGGAUGAAAUGGAAAAAGGAGAACAACAAGGACAAAUUUCCGGGCCAAAGAGGAGACACGGAAGCCGAGGCUGAGGGCGAUGAUGAAGGCAACGAUGACGGCGAAGGAGAAGAAAAAAAGGAAAUGGGAGAGAUAGAGGGGACAAAAUAGUGAUUUUAAUGCCAUAUGAUUUUCACAAGGUUAAUGUGGUGUAACCAAGCCUCGUAAUUCUCAUAGUAACCACUUUCCUUCAUAAAGCCUCGACUACUGUUGUUCAGCAGAUUUGUUUUACAUUUUUUUAUGCAGAAGUGUUUUGUGGUACAUUAAUCUAAUUUUGCAUAAUUUAGAUUCGUUAUAUUUUAUUUCGGCUGUAUACCACUACAGGAGCAACUGGAGCCGAUAUCCAAUGAAAGUCAUUGAGACCUACAUUUUCCAAAUAUUGUACCAAUCUUCUUUAAGUGACUUAUUUGAGUUACAUCGCCAUUUUGAGAUAGUAAGGACAUUUGACACUAAAAUAAAUAAGGGGAUAUAUAUAUAUAUAUAUAUAUAUAUAUAUAUAUAUAUAUCAAAAUAAAAUGUCACAUUCACCAUGGUGGACAUACAACAAAUUAAACAGACUUUACCUUUUUGUGUCAGCAAUCAGAUAUAGUUACCCCACACUACCCCAUCCCCUAUGGCUUAAGACAGUCAUGGUGACAUAGUUUUUAUGUCCACUAUUUUAUUCAGUCAACAAGUGUGGGAAAUCCUUUUAACAGACAUUAGUAAAUUAUAAGAAUGAGAAAACAAACAAUGUUGCAAAUCUGCAUUCCAGAAAAUAGGAGGAUAAUAACAGAUCAUGUCAUGUACACUCAAAAUGCAAUCACGGCUUUCAUAAAAUAAAGACCCUAUGCACUGGUAAAUCAUAGCAUAUUGGUAGUAUGUCCUUAUCGCAGAAUGCACUACUAGGUAAAAUGGCAAAAUCCGCUAUCAUCCCUCGCGUACAUUUAUCAUACGGUGACACUCUUUCUGGUGCUUGUACGUACGCGAUGUGGUGUAAAGUAUGAACCUCUGUUGGAUGUACGCGGAAACAAGCAAUUCGGCUGAAUGGCUAGACAUUUGUCAAUGCUGUAUCUAUGUUGUAAUCUUAGGAAAAUGUUGAUUAUUAUUAUAAAAUCGUGGUUCCUUUUGUGUAAAAUGUUUUCCUAAAAAUAUUGAUUUAUUUUGAUUUCUGUGUAUGAAUUGGGUGGAUUGGAUUGGGAGUUAUACAGGUGCUAUACAUAACGUGGUCUCUUCGUUGUUUUGUAAACUUAAUGAUCGCCAAGCUUUUGAUCAAAAAUUAUCCCGUUUUCACAUUUACAGUGUUGAUCAAUACAUUUUAACUGUGACAAUUAACAAGGCAAUCUAUACAAUCCAUACGCUCGUUGCAGUGUAUUUUAAGUAGGGGCUUUUGAACUUCAAAACUAGCAUCAAACUACCUAGCCAGCUCAUCACCUCAUCACACUGUGUCCCAACAAUUAUAACUGCCUAAAGUUGCUAUUGCACAUGAUGUGAACACUCGUUAUAAUUGAACGAUGAUAUAUAUUCAAAAACAGAAUCUGUUUUAUAGCAUGAUUGUGCUGUUGUAGUUUUGUUCCUUUUGUGUUUAUUUUUUUUUUACUAAAAUAAUGAUUUAUUUUGAUUUCUGUGUCUGCAUUGGGUGGAUUGGAAGUUAUACAGAUGCUAUACAUAACGUGGUCUCUUGGAUGUUUUGUAUACUUUAUGAUCGCUAAGCUUUUGAUCACAAUUUACCCCGUUUUCAAAUUUACAAUGUUGAUCAAUACAUUUUAACUGUGACAAUUAACAAGGCAAUCCAUACACUCGAUAUGCUUGUUGCAGUGUAUUUUAAGUAGGGGCUUUUGAACUUCAAAACUAGCAUCAAACUACCUAGCCAGCUCAUCAUACCCUCGUUAUGUGUCCCAACAAUUAUAACUGCCUAAAGUUGCUAUUGCACAUGAUGUGAACACUCGUUAUAAUUGAACGAUUGUACUUAUUAAAAAAAGAAUCAGUUUUUAAAUAGCAUUAUUGGGCUGUUGUAGUAGAGUAAUUUUUUAUUGCACUGAAUAUGACCUCUUUGCAUGUCUUCAAAUGUAUUGUAUAAAUACAAUCCCGAAAGCGUCCUCCGGCCUCCACAGACUCCUGACGUGUUUUAAGUCCAAACUGGCGCAACUGAUCAAUUUAUAGCCCUUUUCACAUAGGGUUGUUAUUAAACCUGUGCUAGGCUAUUAGCCCCCACAAGAUUUGUUAGCCCUGGGCUUCGGUAUAACCAUAGGCUAAGCAUUUAAACUUGUACUCCUAAGCCCUUAGCAAAGGGAGAAAUAUGAAACGAGAUCAUUUCACAUUCUGUUCCAGACAAAUGUGAAGUUCUUUCCCGCCUGUAAUGUUACAUGUACUACGUCACUGACACGUUGUUUACGCUGCUAUGAUUCAAUUAACGACUUUCUUACGUCGGUUGAUCUAGAUGUCCACACUGUCCGCACUUGCUUUGACAAAUUUACUAGGUUUUCUUUGAAAGCUAUGGACAGUUGUUUGGUGGAAGGAGGGAGACCGAGCUACGGAGUAGUUAUUAGUAAUAGCGUCGGACACGAGUUUAGGUAGGCUAAAUUAAGUGAAGGUUCUUGGCCCAGUCUCACUUUGGUUAUUUUUGCCGCGGUAUUUCUGGGGCUAACCUUGAAAAGUGGUUGCUAAGCCUGCUUCGGAGCAAAUGUUGGUGCUAGCCCACUUCAAAAUGUGCAUUAGGCCCUGGGCUACGGCACAGUGUGAACACGACUUUAGUAAACUAAUCAUGUAAAUUGAAUCAUGUGUGAUAGUGUAGGGUUUAAAACAAAAAAUGUGAACAGAUGGAGAGGCCGGAGAACAGGAUUAGGGAAUUCUUGUUUCCCGUUGGUGUUGGUUGCGAG